AUGCCCAACAUCAACUAUCUGCUUCCCCAGGCCUUCACCCCCAGUGACUGUUCUGGAAUCACCAACCCCACAGAGUUGGAAGCCAUGCUCAAAUAUGCCCUGUCUAGGUACAAACUUCACAUUGAACGCACCUAUAAGUCUCAAGUUGCCUGGGCUGCUUUGUUACUACCACCAUUUCUCAAUGAGCCUGCUGAUGCCCCCACACUCACCAUGGCUCAGCGCAUCAUUGAAAAGAGGGAACUGAUGCCACAUUAUCAGCCUUUUGGAGAAAAGCACUAUGAACCAGGCCAGCCUCAGGAUGAUAUCCAUGAGAUCCGAGACACCAUCCUCAUUGAUGCCCAGCCGCUUUUCACAUACUCGUGUGCUGACAGGGUUGAACAACAGGUCACCCACCAUGGUUUAGACAUCAGUGGAGGAGCAGAGUGCAUAUACCAACACCAGCAGAGCAGCUUUCCUGUUGGUGCCUAUGGAAUCACAAUCCCACCCUACAACCAGGACAUUAGUCAGGCUGCCAUGCGUUCUUUCAUGCAAACACCAAUUCAGACCAACCAUUGGAUCAUGUUCAUCCCCACUACUGGCUUCUCACUGAAAAGCCAACUCAUCUUUAGCCACCCUAAUAGUGGUUUCAAAGAAGUGUUCAACCACUAUGGUCUGGCAACACCUCACCUUUCCCCUGGCACCUAUUUGCCAUAUGACAUAGUUGCUAUUGGCGACACCCUGAUCCCAGAGGAGAUACCAGGCACCCAUAUCACCAGCAGCAGCACCAGUGAAUCAUGUGUCUUUGUCACAGAGAACACUGGAUCCACCUCUCAUUCCACAUGA